UGAAGAUUUUUUCAAUUGCCAGUGAAUCAUAAUAUUUUUGUAUAAUUUGUAUCGAACGCUACGGUAGCUGUUGUGUAUUGGUUAUUUGGAAGAAUUUCAAUAUUUAGAGCUCACGUGGCCAGUGCUUUGUGGAUAGUGACAAUUUUUUCGGGAAAGUUGUUUGGCUGGAUCACCAGUUUACGCAUUUUGAUUCCUAGCUGAUUAGCAUGUGCUGACUAAGAAAAGGAGCACAAAGGAAGAGAAGUAUACUGCGCGUGUCGCUGGUAGUGGUACAGUCUGUGUGAUUCGGCGGUAAUGGCUGCCACAGUCGGGGAGAGUUUAGCGUAUGAAUGAUCGGGCUCAUGUGUUCCAUCCAACUGUAGCACUGAUACGGAACGGUCAGUUUAUCUUAUCAGUCAUAGUAUAGCAAACGUGGCCGACUCGCGAAAAGCUCUAUUAUUUUGUUGUCGUUUUCACAGCGCAAGAAUGAACAUGUAAAAUUGACAACAGUUGUGAAACUGGUGCGACAGGACGAGACAUGAUUUUUUUGAACAGUGUUCUAAAAAUAACUUAUUUUAAAAUGCGGAAAUAGAGUGACCUCUUGCGAAAAGCCGAAAAUCGUGAAAAAAGUAUAACAAGUGAAUGAACAUAUACCGUCGUUUUGUAAACACUUCUAGUAUAUAGAAAGAAAAAGUAACAAAAAAUAAAAAUAAAAACAACACGGGAAACUGGGAACAGACAGGCGGAAGCUACGUAAACGCUGUUAGACGAGCAACGCAAAUAAAGACGCUGCUGAAUGUUCGUGAGCGGAGUUCGCCGAAAACCUGCAUCAAGUGAUCAGUCACAAAUUCGUAACCGUAACAGUUGGCUGAGAACGAAAGCAACAAACACGGAUAUGAGCGGUGUUGGCAGCGGUGGACACGGCACCGACAGUGGCAACAUCGCCUUUUCCAGCAUUCCAGAGUUCUACGACCAGUCCAGCGUGAGCAGUGUCAACACGAUAAAGCUUGAAUCCGCGUCACCGAGUCCGUCCCCGAGCACUGCUACUUCCAUGAUGGACGCGUUGAGCAGUAAUCCGAUUUUGACCACGGCAUCGGUUCCGAUUCCAUCUCGCAGCGCCAACCAGCGAGCGAUGAUUACGGAUUUGUCGGAUUACGUUUUCGAUAUUGAUCAAUCUCAGUCGCCACAAAUGCUGCAGGACAUCAGCUUCGUGACAACGGGUUCCAGUUCUGGACUGCACACGUCGACUCCGGUGGACACUAUUUUUACACUGCAAAACAUCUCUGAAAGCGGUUUCAUUAGUGAUGGUAUUCAGAUCGGUACAAUGAACGUGAGUGGCUUCGGUACCAACGAAAUAUGGACAACGGAUUCGUUUGGACAGAUUGUUUCACCAUCUUCGACGGUGUCUUCCACACCAAACGUCGGUGGCCAACAGGGCCAGUUUCAUAUGGAUGAAGACGAUAUUUAUCAGCUGGAAAAAGAUGAACUGAUAAGUGGCCCCACUCUGAAUGACAUCUUUGCCACUGAUUUGCUGCAUGAGGAUUUCAUGAUGUUGAACCCUUCGUUGAGUCAUCCAUCGCCCAAUCUCAGUGGAGACAGUGGAAGUGGAAGUGCUAUCCAUUUGUCACCAAGCCUGCCACAGCAAAUUUUACGUUCCAAUACAAAUACAAACACAAACAAUAAUUUGAUAAUGACUCUCGGAAACAACAUGCCAUUGACGAGUGAUUUACUGCUCUCAACUACGUGUGAAAUCUACGACGAUCGUUCUCAGAUAUCUACUUCUCCGUACACAUCCAACCAAAUCAAUUCGCCAGCGGCUUUCUCACCAGGAAGCCACAGCUCCAGUCCGUCACUAGGUUAUUCACAAACACAAACGCCUCCGCCUCAGAAUCAUGUUCAGCAGCAGCGUCAGCUGAACACUUUAAAUAACAACCGCAUGAUCAAGGUUGAAAGUCCGGAACAAACAAAGACUCAAAACGUCAACAACAACAAUGUCGUCCGCAGCCCUAACAACGUUGGCCAAGUUCAAUACAAUCCCAAGUAUUCAACUUUGCAGCAGUUGUUGAUGAGCAACACGGCGGAUCGUACUGGUUUGUUGCUCGGACAGUCCGUGCCUGGAAACAGUUCGUCCGUUUUGAUGAGCGGAACUUCGCUCAGUCCAGGAGGUUUCAGUGGACGCCGCAUGAUGCAUCAUCGACAAGCGCAGGCUGGUUCCAGCCACUCAGGGAUUGGCGGAGCUGGCAGUGGUGGUGGCACGAGCGGCGGUACUAUGUCUCGAUUGUCCUCGUCGGCUCCAACUCACAUCGGUGUCGAUAUGAUGAUGUGGCAGCGUAGGGAGCCACGGCCGCAUCUACUUUCAACUGGAAGCCUUGCCGAGGCCGGAUCAACGUCUUCCCUCAGUACCGGUAGCGUACUGAGCCCGGAGGCACCGGAUUUCUCUCACGAUGAAGGUUACUCAGAUGACAGCGAUCACUACGAGGACUAUUCCAGUCAUGACGAGGACUCUGACACAGAAGACCCAAAUCGUAUUUCGGGUGGCACAUCAUCCGGUUCCAAAGCAAAGCGCUACUUCUGGCAGUACAACGUACAGGCCAAAGGCCCGAAAGGCCAACGGUUGGUAAUUAAAACGCAAAUGGAGGAUCCACACGUGCUGAAUGAGGUUACUGAUCCGGUUUUUAGUCCACACUGCUCGGUGCGCGGUAUCAAGAACCUUCGUUUACAGCACAGUGGCAAAGCCCGCAAGGGUGACGGGAACGAUCUGACGCCCAAUCCGAAAAAGCUGCACAGCAUCGGCAAGGAGCUGGACAAACUAGGCCGGGUGAUCAACGACAUGACGCCGGUGAGCGAGCUACCGUUCAAUGCACGGCCUAAGACGCGGAAGGAAAAGAACAAGCUGGCCUCGAGGGCGUGCCGUUUGAAGAAAAAGGCUCAGCACGAAGCCAACAAGAUCAAGCUGUACGGACUGGAGACUGAACACAAACGUCUGAUCAACGGUAUCAACCAAAUGAAGCAAAUUUUGGUGAGCAAAUGCAGUCAAAAUCCAACGGAACCCUCCGAUGAGCACAAACAGCAGUUGGAAAAUCUGGUUAAGGCUGCCACAAAGAUUAAAAUUGCUGGCAAUUCAACGGAAUUUGUUAACAAAAUUUUGGAAAAUAUCAAAGCCGGCAACAACAUUUCCGUCGACAAAGCGCUGGAGGAUUUUUAAGUCAGAGAACCGGCACUAGGGGUGGACGUGAGCAGAUCACCAACCGAAACGAUUUGAAUGAUGAGACUGUAAGAUAAUACUAGACGCUAAGAAACGGAUGGAACAUUUUUACCUUCUAAUCUACAUAUGGUCUAUAAUGGAAAUAAUCAGUCAUAAUAUCUAAACAUCUAAAAAAGAAAUGCAGUGCACAUGAGACACUAUUUACCCUCUAUAUAUUUUGUACGAAUGUCGCAAUCGAGCACAACAAAACGCAACGGCCAUCAAAUGUGAUUUUUUUUUAAAUAUUCGGACACUACUUAGAAGGACGCAAGCCAACCGGCUGAUCAAUAUCAGGGAGCGCGGGAGUUUAUAUAUUUUCUUGUAGUGAUCUGUCGUGACUAAUCGUGAAGGCACAGUGAAACUGGAUUCCUCACUCGUAAAAACAGAAUGCGGUGAUAUCUGAUUAACGGUUCAACCGAGUGAUAAGACAAACAAAAUUCAGGUCGAAUUCGCCUCCAGCAAAAGGAGUAUAAUGUAUCAUUUAAAACAAAAGGAGAAACAAAAAAUAAGCAAAACGGUGUGCUCCUUACAUAUUAUUGAGAUUAGAAGCUCGAAAAAUUGUGAAUUUUCAAAGUAUAACUUAUAAUCAGCUGUUUAGAGUAUGAAUGCUGGUUGUGGUGCUUGAUUUGAAUCUACAUAGCAUUCGCCAUUAGAUUUCGGCUCGGCAGCUGACAGCAGUAUGAGAAAAAAAAUUAAAAAGAAAGUAACUGAUGAUGAUAACUUAUGUACCUUAUAUAUUCGUAUGAUUAACUAUCGAUUAAGCUCCAGUUUGUAUGAAUAUCGCUAUAAGAAAUUUUUUUAACGAGUGAUAGCAUUAAGCAGAAAGUUGGCCACAGUGUUGCAAAUGUUUCAGAGCUGGCAAAGUUUUACUACAUAUGUUGCAAAACAAUUAUCUCUAUUCGAUUACCCUUAUCCUUCUUGUUACUCAUAUUAGGGCAGCAAUGCCCAGUUGCGAGCAUGAUUCUACAUUAUAUGCAAUAGGUAAGCCUUUUCUUAUUUCAUUUGCUUCGGAAAAGUGAAAAUUACUUGUUUUGUUCUGUAAAUUACAGAGAGCUUAUAUAAAAGGCAAAUAACUACACGAUUUCUCAAACGAAACGUAGGAAAGACGAUGGAAAGUUUUCACUUUUUUGAAAAUUGCAGUUCUACCGGUUGGUAGCGAAAUGUUUCAGUCAGGGUCCAAAGCUAACGGUACGACGGGCGUACAAAUAAUGUCUUCUCACGAACUAAUCUGCAAUAGUCAUUACCUUUCCAACAAUGCAUUUAUUUAAAAGUGUGUUAGUGUUACUGAAACAUUUUGCAAACUUCUGGAAGCUGCCAUAUUGUUUUUACAUCUGAAGUUAUGUUCAAGUUUUCCAUUUUGUAUUUUUUAGUUUGUUCUUAUUAAACAACAUCUGUGAUUACCUUUGUUAGUGAGUGUUUUUUUUGGUUUUUUUUCCUUUUUAGCGCUAGGAAUUAGGGUUGUAAAAGGUUUGCGUAUUUGUUAGGAGUAGGAUUAUAAAAUUUAAAAAGAAUCAUUGACGAUGUUGGAAAGAGUAGUUUUUAAAUUGAACACGAUAUUAGACGGUUCCUAAAAAGUUUGUAUGAGAAGGAAAACAACAUAUUACUGUACUACACACUAUUUCUUAGUUUUCUUCGUACAUGGAGCUGGACUCGGGACUAAUAAAACGCAUUUUAUUGUAAUUUACCGAUUGUUUAACAAGUUAGUCAGCUUUCAAAUUGGGGUUAUAUCCUUACUUCUCAGUCCGGGUUUCUAACGCCAAAAUACAGAUCAAUGUAGCGUUAUGAAUGACAGACACAGUUUGCGUGGACUGAAAGGAAACAAAGAAGACAUGUCGAUAAUAUUGGAGAAAAUCUUGUGUAGGUACCUGUACGAGCAACCAAGUAACAAAACAGAUAUUUAGGAAUCUACGAUUAGUUUUAGUGUUAAACAGAAAAAUCAAUCUGGUCAAAACUUCUACCUCAUUAAAUUGACAAACUCAAACGAUAGCACGAAAAAUACCAAACAAACAGAAAGCAACGCUAAAAAUCUCAUCGUAUAACAAUUACGGUGAUAAUCAAUAGUUUUGACCAAACUUAACAACAGCGCAACGACGAUGAUCGGUACCGAAUUAACAAACAAACUACGAGUAUGCUAGAUGCCAUAAACAGAUAGAAGGCUUCAAUAGGGACACAAACAAAAAAUAAACAAACGUGUCGUUAAAAACGCACCACGAAAAGACUUGCAAAUGUCGCUACCAUAGAAUCGAUUCCCAUGUAACGGGAGAAUACGCGUACACCUUCAAUCUAAACUACAUACUUCGACUUUUCAAAUUAUUGCUACCUUCAUCUAAACUCUUUCAAAAAAUCACCUCAUUGGAAAAAAAAUAUUUUCAAUAAAAUUGAACUAUAUUUAUAAAUAGAUACUACAGCGUGGUUCAGCUAAUAUUCUGAAAAAAAUGUAAUAGCUGUGCUUAUGUUGGCUAAGAUGAAACAUACCUACAAA